UCCGCACACGCGACACGUGCGUGGAAAACUCCGUAUUGCUGCGACAUUGUGCAUUGUGAAAAGUUGAAACCGUUGAAACUGUUGAAACUGGAAUAAAAUAAUAAUAGACACUGAGUGUCAGCAGCUGCCGGGAAAGAUGCAACGCGAGAACGCCUAUGGGAAGGAGGCCGCCCUAAAGAAUCUGGCCAGGCGCGAGUUGGCCAACGGGCUGGACAAGGAUCCAAUUUACAAAUUGCGCCUGCAGUGCUUCAGCCGCGGUGCCACCGGAAUCUUGGGUUUAUCCAGAGCUUUUCGGGUGAUGGACGACGAUGGCAGCAAAACUCUCAACGCCGAGGAGUUCAAAAAAGGAGUCACGGAUAUUGGUCUGGAGUUGAGUGAUUCGGAGAUCCAGGAUAUGUUCAGCAGCUUCGACACAGAUGGAAGUGGCAAUAUUAACAUGACUGAAUUUCUGGUGAAACUGCGGCCACCUAUGAAUAAUUCUCGAAUCAGCAUUAUCGAAAAAGCUUUCGACAAGAUGGAUGCCAAUGGCGAUGGUCAAAUAACUAUUGCUGAUUUAAAGAACGUUUAUUCGGUGCGAGAUCAUCCGAAAUACUUGAGUGGCGAGAUGACAGAAGCCGAGAUUUUCACGGGAUUCCUGAAGAACUUUGAGGAGGGUGCUCCAAAUCCGGAUGGAAUUGUCACCAGGGAGGAGUUUAUCAAUUACUAUGCCACUAUCAGCGCCUCGAUCGAUAACGAUGCUUAUUUCGAUCUAAUGAUGCGACGCGCCUACAAACUAUAGAUUGUGUUCCUCUUCAAAAUCGAAUGUUUAACGUCCAUCUGCCGUCUAUUAAGCUUGAUCUGUUUAUUAAAUUGCGCACAUGUAAAAGUAACUAAAAGUCAAGCCAAUGUUUUAAUUAAAUUUACUAGUAGUGUUGAAUGUUA